GAACUUGAAGAGCAGCUCUGCUAAUUGGCGCAGCCACGAUGUGAACUAUCACCACACACGCUUCGCUCGGUGAUGGAUAAGGCAGCGGGACAGGCGGAGUCCGAUCAAGCUGAUGCCAUGCAACUGCUCAUCGACGGGCUGUCGCGUGCCUUGGAGCGCAUCACGCUCGACGACCCUUCGUCGUCGGCAGUGUACCACUAUUGCUGCGAGCAAGACGACAUCAACGACGAGCACUGGGGGUGUGUCUAUCGCAGCCUGCAGAACGCCCUCCUCUCCCUCAACCACAGCACGCCCCGUGUCGUCGUGGCGGUGCCGCACAUGCGCCAGCUGAUGCAACACAUGGGCGUCCUCCACAUCUAUGACGCGCUCAGGCCAAGACACACUACGGCACACAGACGGCGGGAGCACGGGCAGGAGCCAGACAAGGAGGCCUCUGAUGGCGAUCGCGACGGUGGGUGUGGUGGUGAUGCGAGCGGCCAGCACGAGGAGGACAGCGACUCCUCUUCCUCUUCAACAGAAAGCGACCGCAUUAUCCGCCGUGUAGCCUCUGGCGUGUCGAGCGACAACGACGGCCCGUCCACCCCAUCCACCCGGUCACCAGGCAGCUCGCCGGCGGCAUCUGUCGACGGUGACUCGAGGGACAGGGAGAGGAGGCGGGCGGGGGCGGGGGCUGGCGCCGGUCGGUCGAGGAGGGUGCGGCUGUGUGCGCCUGAGGGCGGGUGGAAGGAGCUGUGGAUCGAGCCCGCCACGUGCGGCAAGUAUCUGACGGACACGUAUGGGUGGAAGGAGGGCAAGGAGUUCAGACUGGUCCUCUACUCGCAGAUCCCCAGGUAUGUACGGCAGAGGAGGAGGGAGGGAGAGAGGGACGAGGAUGUGGGUGUGUUGUGUUGUGUUGUGUUGUGUAUGUGUGUGGGUGAUGCAGGCCUGAUGGUAUGUUGCGGUCCGUCCCGUCGGACUACUCGUGUCACCUGACAGGGCCCAAGGAUGUCAUCGCCAUGCUCACAGACUACUUCAACCAACACCCGUACGCAACGGACGGACGGCCAUUCGCACUCACACCCUCACUCAACUCGCACUCGACGCAGCUUCUUCUUCUGCAUGUAAAACACGUCAUUGUUAUUACCAUGUCGUCUUGUGGUUUGCUUGCAGUGGUACGUAUGUGAUUGCCGACAAUGGCACGUCAGGAUACUGCAUCGCCGGGGUCGAGGAAGAGGUACGGACGCACGCCAACACGCCACAACACACCCAUACGCAACUCACCUUAGAGCGACGAACGGAUCUUAUGUGUGUGUGUGUGUCAAUCAAUCAGGGCAUCCGCCUCAUCGACCCCCACGUCAUGACCGCAUCCAAGACAUCCAAGUGAGACAGUCAGUGGGACCAUGACACCUGCCCACAUCAUGAACCCCCGUCCCCUCUCUGUCUGUCUGUCUGUCUGUCUGUGUGCAGGUUCAUGAAGCUUCGUGACUUCUUUAAGGCGUCCGUGUGGAUGAUGCUCUUCCUCUACCCGGCAGACAUCGAGACAUCGCACACCAAGGCCGCCCAGCCCGCCGACCCUGGGCCCUGCUCGCCCCCUGCCGGCGAGAUCGCCACCCCCGUGUGUCCGGCGGGGACCACAGCGACGCUUCACGAGGCCAUCAUGGCCACCGAGGCACAGGACACGCUGCCCCACAUGGCGCAGGAGGUGUGAUGUGACCUGAGAGAGUGUAUAUCGCAACUCGAUGUCUGUCUGUCCGCCAGCGUACCCACCCAUGAUUUUUGCUGUCUCGUGAGUGUGCAGUCUGUCCGUCUUUUUGAUUGGUGCUCGUGCGUGUGACUGGGGGUGAGGAGGCGGCGGGGCGGGGGCACCGGUAUGUGGUGUGGCUCCUCCCGGCUGACUAUUGCUGCUGAUGGGUAGGUAGUUGUCUGUCGGGGUGCGGGGUGGUUAGUUAGUGGUCAUUUCGCGCCCUGUCUGUCGGUCCAUGAUCGCAGCGGGACCGGCGGCACACAAUACAUACACAGACUCACUCAUACGUCGUAUCGUAUGAACCAUCUCACUCGUCCGUGCGACGGACCCUCUUUUUGCAGCGAACCGAUCGACGGCCAACCCACACACCACACCCUCACAACACACACCAACUGACUGGGCGGGUGCGUGGCUCUGCGUGCGUGCGCGCGUCUGGUGUGUGCAUGCGUGUGCGUAUGCGUGUGUGGGCGUGUGUGUAUGGGUCUGUCUGUAUAUAUAAUAUCCCCAUGUUAUUGCCGUAUUGCUAUGGUAUACUGGCUGCGUUGUGUUGUGUGUAUGUCGCUUGCAGCGUGAGCGAACGAAGCAACAAACUAAUUGCG